AUGGUGUCGACGGCUGGAGGCAUCACAAUUGCCAUUAUCGUCCUGCUCUUUGCAGGUGCCGCAGGAUGGUUCAUCUUCACACAACUGCGCGCUCGCAGACUCGGCCUUCCACCACCAAGUCUCGGGUCAUAUCUACCAUGGCAUAAAGAAGAUAACGGCUAUGGACCCCCGCAACCUGCGCCAGGAGGUGUCAUGGGAUGGUUCAACGACCAGUUCCGCAAGCUGAAGGACCGCAACAAUCGCUCCGCCGCAGGCGCCUACGAGCAAACCGGUGCAGCCCGCGGCCGCCGUGGCUUCGGUCCCCUCGACCCGGAUGAGGCAUGGGACUCCCGCGUUGGAAAUGAAGCCGAUCAGUACGGAUACUACGAGGAGGAUGUUGGUGGCCGUGGCCGAGAUACCGGAUACGGCGGAGGCUACAACAUGAACCUGGCAGCAACACCGGGACUGUCGGGCGGUCCACAAAGAUUCGGCGACGAAGAAGAAGCCCGGGGUCGCAGAGCAAGCAGGAGCCCAACCUCAGGGCCUGGUGGACGAAACCCUUUCGAUGACGAUGCUGCUGCUUCGAGUUUGCGCGGCGUGAGCCCUCGACCCAUUGAUACAGGAUUCGGAAAGCCCAAGGAAAGAAGCGGAAGCGCUGAGAGCAGUCCGACAGAGCGACGAUCCGUGUUUAGGGAGAACAUGUGA